CUCACACCCACCCACAUCCUCCGAAGCCCGCGUAACAUUCGUCACCCCCCUCGCUGGCCCAACCAAGCGGCGCGAGGCAAAGCGCUCGGGCGGGCGAGUCGUAGCUGGCGUGUGGAUCCCGCCAAAGCCCGUGGAACCGGAUGAUUGCUGCAUGAGCGGGUGCGUCAAUUGCACUUGGGAGGUGUUCCGCGAGGAUUUGGAGGAGUGGAAGAGUGCUGAGAGGAGGGCUAGGGCUGCUCUUGCUAAAUUGGGAGGUGGGGAGGGG